GAGCUGCAGCAGCGGCAGCGAGUCGGAACACGAGACUCUGAAGGUGGGCGCGCCUCGGGAAGCGGGGAAUCAGAGCCCGCUAGUGCUUCAUAUACGAGAGACAAGAAGUGUGGUCGAGGAGUGGCCGCAGAAUUCGCUGCGAUUGCUGGUCGGGGUGGGGUGUCGUCGAAAUCGGGGUUAGAGUUGGGAGGAAUUUGAAGGCCCGGAGAUGGCGACAGGGGAUUCGGUCGGCGAUUGCGAGCUCGAGCAUCAGCAUGGGAAGGCGCGGGUGCGAGUGGCGCGGGUGUGGCAUGAGGGGAGCUCUCAUGUGAUGGUGGAGUGGUCCGUCUCCGUCUCUCUGCGGUCCAAGACUCUGGCAGCUUACACGGAGGGGGACAAUUCUGCCAUCGUUGCCACCGAUACCAUCAAGAACACGGUCUAUGUGUUAGCAAAAAGGUGCAGCGAGACUACUUCGAUGGAAGAGUUCGGCACUCAGCUGGCAGAGCUCUUCUUGAACACCUAUUCUCAGGUGACAGGUGUCCGUGUAAACCUCACUCAAAGACCAUGGGAGCGAGUGUCUCUUGACAACACACCACAUGAGCAUGGGUUCAAAUUGGGAUCAGAGAACCGAACAGCUCAGGUUCUUGCCACUAAAGAUGGAAAUCAUAAAGUUACUGCCGGCAUUUCGGAUUUGAGUCUGUUGAAAACAACGAAGUCUGGGUUUGAAGGGUUUGUUCGCGACAAGAAUACAUUGCUUCCUGAAACAAGGGAGCGAAUGAUGGCAUCAUCGAUUCGUUCAGUUUGGAGCUACUCAAAGACACCUUUGGAUUAUAAUGAGACCCAUGCAAAAGUGAAGAACAUUUUACUCAGUACAUUCUUUGGACCAUCCCGAGGUGGUGUGUACAGCCCCUCUGUACAGAACACCCUCUAUCUCAUGGCGAAAGAGGUGUUACUAAGAGUUCCAGAGAUUGAAUCCGUGUACCUAAAUAUGCCGAACAUUCACUUUCUGCCUGUGAACAUGCCGUCUAUCGGGAUUCAGUUCAAGGAUGAUGUUUACCUACCAACGGAUGAACCCCAUGGAUCUAUCGAGGCGACCUUGCAAAGGAAGAAUCUUCCCACAUCCAAAUUGUGAUACAGACUCUGUCUGCGGUGGGGCCACGCAUGCAGUUCUCGAUGAGGAGCAUUACUCCUGCAGCCUAUUUGUGGGCGUACACCAUCAUGUGAUUCAAAGCAUCGCCUCCCUGUGCUGGUGUAGUUCUGUAAUUAAAUGAGGGCAGUCAUGAUUGCAAGGAAUAUCUGUAUGAUCUUCAUCGUCCGCAUAACCAUGUAUAUAUAAGAGUCAUGUAAACGUGUAGAGCGGUCAAUAUCCGAGUGUGCGUGUACAGCGUGAUCUAGUUCUGGCAUGUAGUAUACGUCAAAAAAGGCACCAUGAUCUUCAUCGUCAAAUGCCGAAUCCAGAAUAGAGAUGACGAUCGUUAUGGGCUCGCAACAUUGCCAUCUCUGAUCAAGGGUCGUUGGUACUAAAGUGCCCGUGAAUAUCAUUGUUGAUACUCCAUUCAUUUCUUCUCAGAUUGUGAAUAAAGGGAACAUUCUGCUAAUGUUGGCAACCUUGCUGCAGUGGGCUCCGUGAGUAGUGGCUCAUGUGUUGUACUAAGUAUGCCAAUUUAGUUAUCUUCAUAGUGAUGUUCUUCCUCUGAUUGUGGAAUUGCCCCAAUUCGAUAUUUGCCAUGUUGAUCAAUGAUC